AUGGAGGCAAUCAAGAACACCAUCGGCGAGAACUUUGGUGGACCUGCCCAGAAUCUCUCAACACAUCAGUGGUCUCUCAAUCAGACACCGGACCUCGCUGGCAAAGUCGCUGUUGUCACAGGAGGUAGUCAGGGCAUUGGCUAUGGCGUCACCCACACCCUGCUCACGCACAACAUUGCCAAGCUCUACAGUCUAUCUACGGACAGGGAGGUUAUUGAAGGAGCAAAAGAGUCCAUCGCCAAAGAGCUCGGCCAGGAGGUCGCUGAUCGUACGCACUUCAUCCAGUGCGACCUGUCCGACUGGCCCCGCGUGAUGGAGAUUGCCGAGCAGAUCAAGAAGGAGAAUGACCGGCUUGAUAUACUCGUGAACAAUGCCGGACGUGGCAUCAUGCCCCAUGAGCUGACAGAGUCUGGUGUUGAUCGUCAGAUGGCCAUCAAUCACAUGGGCCACGUCGUGCUAACGAGCCAUUUGUUGCCACUGAUGAAGUCCACGGCGGAAAAGGGUAACACUGUUCGCAUUACGGUCCAGGCAAGCAAUGCUCACCAGGGCGCGCCGUCGGACAUCAAGUUCGAGAGCCUCAAUGAGAUCAAUGAAGACAAGGGUGUGAACGCCAAUUAUGGGCGCAGCAAGUUGGCGAACAUUUUGUAUGCGCGAUACUUCGCCAGAAAGGUCACGGCCAACGGACACCCGGACGUUGUCAUGAACGCGACGCACCCUGGCUUCGUCAGCACGAAACAGACCAAGGUCGACAUCCUCGAGGCGUAA